CUAUUUGAAAACAUUCAUUUCCAACCCAAUCAAAUUCCUCAACGAUCACCUUCUUUCUCUGAGUGCUCUCUCAAAUCGAUAAAGCUCUCACCAACACAUUCAGCACCUUUCAUCAGGACAUCCUCUCUUCGCAAUUUUCCGCCCUUUACGGUGCGGUGAGUGUCAUUUUCGCCCACAAUACGCUGCUGCUCCCCCGCUUGCUACUGACUGGCCGUGGUCGGUCGCUGUUGUCGUUGUUCGACGGCGAGCUUUCCCCCGAAUUUUCCCAUUCGACCUACCCAAAGUCAGAGCUCAGUGCAGCUAGCAGCGGUACAGCGGAGGAGCGAGUUUUGGAGUUUGGCGUUCCGCGGCCACAUUCGUUCAGUUCAGUUCGCGUUGGUCUUUCGUCCUGUCCGGUUCGAAUACGGAAAAUGUCCCGCCGAGUGGGCGCGUUUCGUCACUAGUGGAGCAGUGUAUCAACAGCAAUAGCAGCAACACAGCAGCAUCUUCUCAUCGCUCCUGGUCCUGGCUCUUCUCGACUUGGGGUUGGUUUGUUAUCAGUGUUGGGCGCAACCCAGCAGUGGCGGUGGCGUUGGCUUCUGUUUGAAGGGGGUUCUGUGGGGGGCGAGUGGGUGGCACAGUUGUUGUAUGUGCUCACAGUAGAUACAUAGCAACCUUCUACAUGUGCUCCAAGGGAUCAAGCUGGUGAAGUAUAUAAGCGUCGAGGACAACGCAGCGAGAGGACCAACCGUACGGUGAUGAUGCCUGUAAGGCACAAAACAGACACUUGAUAUGGUCCUGGCUCCCAUUGUGAAGAAUAUUCGGUGGUGGUGCAACUGAAACCAAGCCCCAAGCGGCGAAACGAGUGCGAGUGCAAAAAAGCGAAAGAUGGAAAAUUGAUUUUCUUAUCAGUAAGUGCGCGGUCGGUGGUCGGUCGGUGGGUCGGAUCGGAAGUGUGGGUGAGACGCGCGCGGGUGUGUGAAGGACCAGGACCGAGUGGAGCCGUGUACGACGACGACAACUACGCGGGCCCAGAAUCGAUCGAUCCUCUCGGUUCAGCUUGGCUUGACGCUAGCUGCGUGUCGAAAGCGACCCCCUCGCGCUGCUCCAACCGACGCGUCGCGACGACGGAAGAAAUGGGAAAAACGCAACUGUAGGUAAAUUUCAGCCGCGACUGUUGGGUGACCCGCGCGAAUCCUCCUCUGCAACAAGUACAGGCCGUCCGCCACGCCGGGCUUCAGUGCAGGAGUAGAGAAGCGAAGAAAAUCGAUUUCGAUUAGUGUGGUGUUGCCUCCUCCCGUCUAGGGGCUGCUUGCAGUUUUGCGUUCCCUACAGUUGUUCGGGUGAAGGGCCCAAUCUGGGUUCCAGCUAAAUUGUGACCGUGAAGUGGAAAUCGGUGGCGUUUCACCCUGGGUACCGUCACAAAAUUUCCUUGGAAAUACUAGUGCUACAUGUGUAUGCCAUAAGGCUUCCAAGUCCUUUAUUAAUCAAUAUCGGUCGUAUAAUACACAUAUGCAAGGUGAGUCUAGUGAGGGUUUGAAAAUAGCUCGAUAAAAAUGGAGCAUUUCCGACGUGCCGUCCAAUUUUGAUGGAGUGAAUGGGGCAAAGCUCGCGGGAAUAGAGUGACACAAUCCCAUUAGCUGAACUUCACCGAGUGCCUGGCGUAUGGCCUGACAUGGGAGCUAUGUGAAGAAGCAGCAAGCCAACAGAACGACAAACAAAUCAAUGAAGAAUCCUUACGAACUCUCAGCUGUGGCGGCUCCGAUAUGAAUGAAAAGUGUGAUUAGCAUAUCUCAAGUGUUGUUCGGUACCACAUCGAUGUCGCUAAGGAAAAAAAUGACCGCCGACCGCAGAACAACGGUGAUCUUGGUGGAUAUGAUGAGUGUUGGUGGCGCUCUGUGAGGCGUUUUCCGUUUGGCGGGAAGUCGGCUUUGCAGGAGCUCAGCAAAAGAGUGUGAAGUGCACCCGAAGAAAGAACCUUAAAAUCGAUAAAGGAUAUAUAAAUAGCUCUCUGUCGGUGGUGGUGAGACAUGGUAGCGGGCGGAAAUAGGACCGAAAUGUGGACUUGUUGGGAAACACAGUCAACGAAUCUGACGCCAGCCUAGUGCGACGACGACAAUACGGCGAGAUGUGGCUUGCGUGGGGGUCUAGUGUGGCGACAAAAAUAGUUACUAAUAUGCUUAACUGCCUUGUGUAAACUAAGAAUAGAGCAAAUCGAACCAUGGAUUGCUGCAGCAGUAAUUACAUGGAUUACAGACAUUCCAUAAAUAAUAACUUUUGCUAUCCGUUUUCGCCCGGAAUGAUGCGAGGUGCGUCACCGUAUCCACUUCCUCCAGGGAGUGGCGGCCGCUACGGACCCGACUAUCGUACUGGGUAUUACGAUGGCAGCAGCAGCUUCGACAAAUUCUACAGCAGUUACCAUCCGGCAUCUGGGUCUGGCCCUGCAUAUGGUGGCAACUAUUACGGAAACUCGUAUUCGUCCUACCGAGAGUUUGCCUACAACGAUUACUAUCACCCAUCGUCUCCGUCUUCGCAUCCAUUUCCGGGUCCUCCACCGCCCGGAAGCUUCCAUGGACCGCACAUGUUCAAUCGGCAUCAAUCGCUUCCGCAUCCAUUCCAGCGAGAAUCCUAUUACCAUCAAAGGGAGCACCAUCAGUAUGCGGCCGGAAACUUUAGCAGUUUCUCCGGUAGUCCCUUCAAAAGAGCAGAUUCUAACCAGGGCAGCAGCGCAACCAACUCCAGUACGGCCACUAAUGCGACAAGCAAUGGCAGCUGCAGUAGCCCCGGGAGUAGCACCGGUGCCGGCGAAAGCCCCUUGUUCGGCUAUACGCAUAGCCCUGAUUAUUCGGCACAAUCCUAUAAUUCCGGCAGCAGCCCAAGCCAUCCCCAUCACCAUCGCUAUCACCCGCUCCCACACCACAGUCCCGGCGGCGAGGGAGGCGGAAACGGCUAUCCCCCAUCCGCAAUGCCAAAUGCAACAGGAUACCCUCUCAGCAUGAAGGAUGCCAGAAUGCGCAAGCUGAAGGAGCGCAAGCUGGCAAAAUCCUCCUACGGCAACGGGAGUCCCAAUCGUGGCCAAAGCACCAACAGCACCAGCAGCAGCCCUAAUCCCGGGAGUUGCGGGAGCAACGGUAGCAGCACCGAUGCACGACUGAAAUCACUGGAUGCACCACCACUCGCUUGUGAUAACUACGACCGGGACGGUGCCACCAACUCCCCUGCCAGCCGACAUGCAUCCCCUGGCCGAAGUGCGGGCCCCCUCCGAGCCAGUAAUUCGCCGGCCGGUGGUGCAGCAGGAACCGGUGCCAGUCCACCGAAGCGAUCGAAAAAACAAUCGGCAAAACACCGGACCGCAGCGGAACACGAUAAACAGCAAUCGACGACGACGCCGGCCAAAUCCGGUGACCCUGGUAACAACUCAUCGUCAUCGACACCUGCCGCGGGGGCAGACAGGAACGUUACACCACUCCCCGGCUUCCAGCAGGCAUUCGGUUCAACGGAAAUUGGCAGAUUUUCCGAAGUGUUCUUCAACAGCGCCAGCCCCGGCCCUAACGAGCUGCAUCCCGAUGGACAGCUACAACCACCCAGUCAUCAUCACCAUCCGCACCCACAUCCACACCCACACCCGCAUCAUCAACUUCCCCAUCCGUCGUCGAUGAUGAUGAUGGAUUCGCCCGAUGUGGACAGUACCCUGAGUCCGCAACCAUGGGAACCAACGGGACCAGGAGAUCCCUACGAAACGGCCUCGGCGACGACGACGACGACGACGACGGCCUUCAACCUGCAGAUUGGCACAAGCUUCCAUCCUUCGUACUACGAAUCGCCGUCCUACGCGUCCUCGUCGGACCAUGCCGUGGAUUCACCCUUGGGAAACUACUUCAGCGAAAUGACUUGCGGCGAGUAUGUGAAUUAGAAGUUACUGGGGCAGAUAAAAUAAGAAUCCUAAGAAGGAUGAGAUGUGACUAACUUUGCCAUGACGUUGACCACAAAUUCCAAUGCUUUUUCUCUAACCAGGAAAGGUACAUCUAAAUUGAGUAACCGUUAGAUGAGCGUCACAGUAGUGGACUCUCCAGAUUGGUAAGCAUGUUGGUUCACAUGAAAAGGCUUGUUAGCCAGAUGAACAUCACGGAUGAAAUAACCAAUAAUGCGCUCUAUGCAUUUUCUUACAACACUUUCUUCAACUUAUUUUGAUUUGAGUUUUAACAUAACUUUUACGGGAAAUAUGUUUUAGCUCAAUUGCCUGUUCUUUCUGGCCAUACUAACCCAACCAGCCGACGAAAUUCAUAGACUAAUUGUUACCGGUAGUAGAACUCAAGGCGGAGUCCUUACGAAAAUUCUAGAAGGAAUAUGAGUCGGUGAAGACUUUUGCCAGCAGUAAAUUGUCCCUUCCAAAUGCAAUCCCUGUCAUAAUCAUGAAUCUGUACGUUGGUGCACAAAAUAUCUUGAAGAUAUCGCAAAAAAAAAAAACACAAAAUUCCGCUCGGUUCCACCGUUGUUUGUUUUGAUUUCUAAAAUACGUAUGUCUUGUCAAAGAUCAAUUGCAAAUGGAAGAAUUUGAGGGGACUCCUCCAGCAGGUCCACCGUGAAUUCCUCUGGAAGGUCCUGUAAAAAAUCCUCCGGGAAUUUCUCUGGCAGAUCCACUGGAAUAUCUUUAGAAGUUUCACUUGGAAUUUCUCUAGCACCUGGGAGUUUCUCCAGGAUUUCCACUGAGAAUGCCUCUAGGAGUUCCAUUAGUUCCAUUGUAAAGUCCUCCAGUUGGAACAUCAUUACAAUCGAUUACAAUCGAUUGUAAUAACCAUAAGUGUCGUGCCUUGUCUAGCGUCGCGUCUCGUGAAUGUUUCCUCUAGGAUUUCUACAGAAAAUUCCUCUAGGAGUUCCACCGGGAAUUCCUGCAUUUCUAUCUGAAAAGUUUCACUGGAAAUUCCUCUGGAAGUUCCUUUGGGAAUUCCUCUUGGAGGUCCGUUGCUCCUCUAGGUAUUCAAUCUGAAUUACCUUAAGGAGUUCCGCUGAGAAUUGCUCAAGCAGUCUAAGAUGUCCUCCGGAAAAAUCCUGUAAGAAUUCCUCUGUUAAUUCUUCGAGAACUUCUAGGAGUUUUUUUUUGUAACUUUUGUGAAAACUCCUUCGUGAUCUCUUCCAGAAGCUUCUUAGUAAAUUCUUCCUAGAGUUCUUUCGAAAGGAUCUUUGUUACUUAUUCCAGAAAUUCAUCUAGAAAUACUACAGUAAUUCUUCCAGAAGUUCCUCCGCAUAUUCUUCCAGAAAUUCUCCCGCAGAUUUUUGCGGAAGAUCUUUCGGGAACUAUUCCGUGAAAUCUUUCCGAAGUUUCACUGGAAACUCUCACGGUAGAAUAUCUGGGAAUUCUUAUGAAAUCUCCUCCAGGAAAGCGUGUCUCAAGGAGCUCCACCAAAAAAUGCUGAAGGAGUUCCACUGGGAAACCCACUAGGAGUUGCGCACUGGGAAAUUAUUCAGGAGUUUCAAUUAAAGUUCCAUUAGGAAUUCCAUCGUCAAAUACUCCAGACAUUUCGCCAGGAAAUAAGUAUUUCUGAUGUUUCGUCUGAGUUUCACUGGGAGCUCUUCUAGGCUUUGUACAGAAAAUUCCUCUAGAAGUUCCUCUGGGAAUUACUGGAGUUCCAUCUGGGAAGUUUCACUGGGAACUCGCUCAGGAGUUCCACUGAGAAUUCAUCUCGUAAUUCCUUUAGGAAUUUCUCUUGGAGUUCCACUGCUUCUUCCUCCAGUCUGGAUUUCCUUAACGAGUUCCACUUGCCAAGCAGUUCUUCCAUGCUUCUAGGAUUUUCUCCGGGAAUUCCUGUGAUAGUUCUUCUGGCAAUUCUUCAAGAAAUGCUUCUGCAAUUUGCUUCGGGUACUCUUCCAAAAGUCCCUCCCUGCGGCGUUUCUUCUAGGAGCCCAUUUGGAAACUUUUAUAGAAGUUGCUUUGCGAUCUCUUCCAGAAGCUUCUUUUGAAAUUCGAAUUUGAAAUUUUAGGAGUUCUUCUGGAGGCAUUUUUGAGAAUUUGUUCCGGAAAUUCGUCUUCUAGAAAUACCACAGUCAUUCUUCCUCCAAGAGUUC